AUCAAGAAACGCCAUGACUUCCUCCUAUACCAUAUAUCAACCAUGUUCCACCCCUUGAUCUUCACCGCAACUCGGAUCGCAAAUCAGUUGACUCCGUUUUUAGGUUUUGCGCCCGCAGGGAUCACCGCUUUCGUCUCGACUCAGUGACUCGAUUCAAAAUGGACCCAAUGGAUAUCGUGGGGAAGACGAAAGAGGACGCCUCGCUUCCCAAAGCUACCAUGACCAAAAUUAUAAAGGAGAUGUUACCAGCAGAUGUUCGUGUUGCGAGGGAUGCUCAAGAUCUUUUGAUUGAGUGCUGUGUAGAGUUUAUUAAUCUUGUUUCAUCGGAGUCCAAUGAAGUCUGUAGCAAAGAGGAGAAACGAACAAUUGCACCUGAGCAUGUGCUCAAGGCCUUAGAGGUUCUUGGAUUUGGAGAAUACAUUGAGGAGGUAUAUGCUGCAUACGAGCACCACAAGACAGAGACCUUGCAUGACUCUUUAAAAGGUGGCAAAUGGAACAAUGUAGCUGAGAUGACCGAAGAAGAAGCAGCAGCUGAGCAGCAGAGAAUGUUUGCCGAAGCGCGUGCAAGAAUGAACGGUGUGGCUGCUGCUCCCAAGCAACCAGAUGCUGACCAAAGAAUAGAGAGCUGACCUUUAGGACCUUUUUCUGUUUUCUUCAACUAUAGGCAAGCAUCCUUGACUGUCGCAAAUUGUGCUUCUAAUCUCUCAUAUGUUAUAUGUGUACAAAAAAGCCAUUGGUGAGUGCCCUGGCCUAUGUCGAUAUAAGCACUUCCCUUUGUACUUGAUCUAUGGAUGAUGUCUAUAACCUAGUGUAAUUAGUGAGAGUUUGUUCAAGUCCAUUUCUGUUCCCAAGCUACUUUAUGCAUUUAUUCAGCAUUUAUCUAAUUAAUAUUUAGCUCGGUA